AUGUCUUCUACCUCAGAGUCUUCUAGCGGGACCGCGUCGCCUCCCGUCCUUCCCGCUGUGCCUCGGCACUUGCUUCCUCAACGUUUGGCGUACCUCCGGCCGGACAGCCCAACCAAGCUUCCCCGCGUCAAGCAACCAGCUGUACCCUCGUGCAGCGGAAGCAACACUGUUGAAGAAACAAUCGAAACAUUGGACCAAGCCUUUGAUCACUUGGAUGACGCUCUACAGAAAGCUGUGACUCUUCAGCGCCGCAGUAAACUGAACCCUCAAGACGAGCGACUUCUGAAGAAAGCGAUGCGGGACGUACAGUCUCUCAUUGAUCUGACCAAGACACCUUGA